AUGAGCUGCACCAGAAUGAUUCAGGUUUUAGAUCCACGGCCCUUGACAAGUUCAGUCAUGCCAGUGGAUGUGGCCAUGAGGCUCUGCUUGGCUCAUUCCCCACCUCUGAAGAGUUUCCUGGGCCCAUACGAUGACCUUCGUCGAAGAAAUUUUGUCAACAAAUUAAAGCCUCUGAAACCGUGUCUUAAUGUAAAACAGGAAGCCAAAUCACAGAACGACUGGAAGAGUCCACACAAUCAGCCCAAAAAGAGGGUUGUGUUUGCAGAUUCCAAGGGCCUCUCCCUCACCGCCAUCCACGUCUUCUCUGACCUCCCCGAAGAGCCAGCGUGGGAUCUCCAGUUUGAUCUCUUGGACCUUGAUGACCUGUCCUCUGGCUUGAAGCUCCAUGAGGAGAAAAAUUUGAUUUUAGACUUCCCUCAGCCAUCAAUCGAUUACCUGAGUUUUCGGAGCCACUUCCAGAAGAAUUUUGUGUGUCUGGAGAACUGCUCUCUUCAAGAGCGAACAGUGUCUGGGACUGUGAAGGUAAAAAACGUGAGCUUCGAGAAGAAGGUCCAGAUCCGUAUUACCUUUGAUACUUGGAAAAACUACACCAAUGUGGACUGUGUCUACAUGAAGAAUGUGUACGGUGGCUCAGACAGUGACACUUUCUCGUUUGCCAUUGACUUACCCUCCGUCAUUCCAACUGAGGAAAAAAUUGAGUUCUGCAUUUCUUACCAGGCUAACGGGCAGGUCUUCUGGGACAACAAUGAGGGUCAGAAUUAUAGAAUUGUUCACGUGCAAUGGAAACCUGAUGGCGUUCAGACGCAGAUGGCAUCCCAGAACUGUGCAUUCUACCAGGUGCCCCCCAAGACUGAGUUAGAGCCAACCAUCUUUGGCAGUCCGAGGCUGGCCAGCGGGCUCUUCCCAGAAUGGCAGAGCUGGGGGAGAAUGGAGAACUUUGCCUCUUAUCGAUGA